AUGGUUGGCAGUUGGUGUUGUGAUGAAUUAUUGAUAACAAUUGCUAAUUCACUGAUAGAAUUAUUAUCAUCCUCAUUAGCUACGGUGAUGAUGAAGACGGUGAUGUUGCUCGAUGAGGAAUUUGAGAAGAUUAGGGAAAUUGCUGGUCACAACGGUUAUCCCAAUUGGUACGUAGAUAAAAUAAUUUGGGAAAAAUUGAAUCAGUAUUACACACCAAAAGUAUGUGAGCCUACUGUAUUAAGAGAACGCGUGGCCUUGAAGGUACCAUUUUAUGGACAGCCAAGCUUAGUUUACGGGAGACGUAUAUCAGCAGCAGUUCAAAAUAAUUUUCCCUUGAAAGAAGUAAAGAUCGUGUAUGAGACUGAGAAGUUAGGUAAGUGUUUCAAUACAAAAGACAGAGUACCUACUCCACUUGAAUCGGGAAUUGUUUAUAAAGUCACUGGCUCCGUAUGUAAUGAAUUUUAUAUUGGAAAAACGUACCGACCUUCACACUAAGUGGAAAAGUGUCUAAAAUGAAAAAUUCUUCUAGCAACACUAGUUGCUCUUCACAACGAAUAACGGAGUCACGUUGUGUUACCCGAUCACAAACAGGCUGUUUGCCUAGACUUCGGACAACCUCAAUCCUCGAACUAAGUAUAAUUGAGGAAACUGUUGAGCAACUCUGCUAUAAAAAUAAUAAUAAAGGAAAAUGUAACUCAGUUUAUGUUGCAAAAUCAGCUAUCGGUAAGCACUACUCAAAUACUGGACAUGUGAUUACAGGUAAUAACUUUGAAAUUGUUUUACGAGAAAAACAAAGGUAUAAGUUGCUGGUUAAGGAAUCGUUAGUCAUUCGGGCU